CAUACGGGGGAGGACCAAAGUGAAAUAUAACUAAUAGUUCGGGGACUGGAAGUGUAACUUUUCCCCCCGGCGAGCUCGGGUCCAGCGGAAAGCCGAAGAAGCUCCGCUACAGAGUGUUUAGGGUUUGUACGAUCGAGAGAGAGGGAGAGAGAGAGAGAGGGAUCGGAGAUGGCGGAGGGGGCGGCGGCGGCGGCGGCGGUGGAGGGGCAGAGGGGGUCGUCGUCGACGCCGCCGGCGGCGGCGGCGGCGGAGGUGGGGCGGCCUGCGGUGGUGCUGGUGUGCGGGAGCCUGGUGUACUACCACUGCGCGUACAGGGACUCGAGCCUCCUCUCCCUCGCCUCUGACGUCGUCAUCGUCCUCCUCUGCUCCCUCGCCAUCCUCGGCAUGCUCUUCCGCCAGAUGAACAUCUCAGUACCGGUGGAUCCUCUUGAAUGGCAGAUAUCCCAGGACACGGCAAACAGCAUUGCCGCGUGCUUGGCUAAUACAAUAGGAGCAGCGGAGUCUGUUUUAAGGGUUGCUGCAACUGGACAUGACAAGAGGCUGUUCUUUAAGGUUGUUGUUAUUCUAUACACACUCUCGGCUUUGGGAAGGGUAGCUUCAGGUGCUACAAUUGCUUAUGCUGGGCUAUGCUCGUUCUGUCUCUACGUAUUUGCACAAAGCUCUCCGCCGAUCAAUAAAUUGACUUCUCAGUUGUCGAUGAGGAGAGAUUCUACAGGAGGCGCUCAGGAUUCUUCGUGAGUUGUUAAUUUACUGUGGACAAACUAAAGUAUCUUGCCCUUUUCUGUCAAAGGGCCACAAUGUUUUUUUUUUUUUUUUUACUUGGCAUGGUGCUUCAUGGAACGCAGUUUUAGCUGUAUUAAUCUGUUUUUGGACAUUUCAAGUAUAUUAAUUUUUGUGAAACUGCACUAUGACUAUAAUUUCUUGCAUUUUGAGAGAGAUAAAGAAGAGCCCUUCAUUUA